CACAUAUCGCAGAGUCGGGAUUCCACGACAAAACUCUUGCUUCGAUUGUCUGAUGGACUAGAAGUGGAGACAGUGAUAAUCCCAUGGACUGGGGGGCGUAGUACCCUCUGCGUGAGUUCCCAAGUAGGAUGUCGACAAGGAUGCACUUUUUGCGCAACGGGUCGAAUGGGAAAGCUAAGGUCGCUAAAUGCGGAUGAGAUUUUGGCACAGCUAUUCUUUGCUCGGAAGAUCUGUCGACAAAAGAAUCUACCACCAGUCACGAACGUCGUCUUCAUGGGGAUGGGUGAACCUGCCGAUAACAAAGAUGCUGUGAUACGGGCUACCGACAUAAUGACCACUCGGGAACUAUUUCAAUUGUCUGCAUCUAAAGUCACGGUUUCCACUGUGGCUCCCACGCCCGAUUCUUUCCUUCAAUUCGCCCAUGCGCAUUGCGUUUUAGCCUGGUCCGUACACGCGGCCAAUGAUGAGUUGCGACGCCAAUUAGUACCCACCACAAAACAUGCCAUGACAGAAUUGCGGCAAGGUCUAAUAGAUACGCUGCUCAUUCGACCACACAAUUUUCGAACAACAAUGCUUGAAGUGGCGCUUAUUUCGGGGAUCAACGAUUCGGAAAAAGAGGCUGACGAGUUGGUCGAUUUUGCCCAGGUCAUCAUCGACGAGGUUCCUGGAUGUAAGCUGGUUGUCAAUUUGAUUCCUUUCAACGACAUUGGCCAAAACAGAUACACGAAACCUAGCAUGGAAGCCGUGUCCGUGUUCCAAAAGCGUUUGCGCGAGUUCGGUCUCGUUGCUCAUAUCCGAACCACUAGGGGAGACGACGAAUCUGCAGCGUGUGGCCAACUCGCCACAAACAAGCAAAAACAGAGAGUAUUCUAA